UUGUAUGCUCCAUAAAUUCUUAGAAACCAAUAAGAAGUCGACAACAUAUUGACCCUAGAUUUCCCAAAUUUACCCCUUUAGUCCUUUACCAUAAUUUCCCUCUUCUUCAAUAUCUUUAACAAGCUCAACAACAACAACAUCCAUACUCUUCUGGAAAUAACACUACCUUACCUUCUGUCUUACCCUUCACAAAUAGAAACCAACCAUGUUUUUUCAUUGGUUCUUCCAUUCUUCUUCUUUCUCUCUAUCUUACCAUAAAAUCUAGCUACUAUAUACCAUACACAAGUAAUAUAAGGUGUACUGUGUUUUUUUUUUCUGGAGAAAAAAACAAUACCUUUCUAUAUAUAAUUAAUAUUUUUCAUAAAUAUAUAACCUAUAAGUUUAGCAAUAUAAUUAAGGAAUCAUUAGGAAAAAUGGGGAGAGGAAAAGUGGAGUUAAAACGGAUCGAAAAUAAGAUUAGUAGACAAGUAACAUUCUCAAAGAGAAGAUCUGGGUUGUUGAAGAAAGCUCAUGAGAUCUCUGUGCUUUGUGAUGCUGAAGUUGCUUUGAUUGUUUUUUCUACUAAAGGAAAGCUCUUUGAAUAUGCAAGCACUGAUUCCAGCAGCAUGGAAAGAAUCCUGGAAAGGUAUGAGAGGUACUGUUAUGCAGAGAGACAGCUUGUAGCAACUGAUUCAGAGGGCCAACAAGAGGGAAGCUGGGCUAUGGAAUACCCAAAGCUUGUCUCCAAACUUGAAGUCCUGCAAAGGAACAUGAGGCACUAUGUAGGUGAAGAUGUUGAUACUAUGAGCCUCAGAGAACUCCAACAUCUGGAGCAGCAGCUUGACAUAGCUCUUAAGCGAAUAAGAAGCAAGAAGAAUCAACUGAUGCAUGAAUCCAUAUCUCAGCUCCACAAAAAAGAAAAAACAAUGCAGGAGCAAAACAAUCAACUAACAAAACUGAUGAAGGAGACUGACAAAAAAGUAAGGGAGCAACAAAUAGAACAGCAAAACCCUAGUCAAGGAUUCCUGCUACCAGAGUCACAUCCAUUUGCAUUUCCUUCUCUUUCCAUUGGAGGUGCUUACCAUGAAAUGAGAGCAUUACAGAUUGAGGAAACCAACCAUCAUCAAGCUGAAGGUCCAUCAUCAACAAACACCAAUAUUCCAGCUUGGAUGUUUACUAAUGUUGGUGAAUAAAGAAGAUUUUACUGGAGUUAAUCAAUCAAAUGCUCUAUGAAUUCAGUUCUCUAAUUAUAAAGGAAAAGGCUGAUUUUAAUGAGCUAUAUAUUAUAUAUUAUAAUUAUAUGUGUCCUAUUAAUUUGUAAAUCAUAUUAGGAGUAAAACAUAAGAUUAAUGAUGUUUGGUUGCUACUACUACCAAACAACCUCAUGAUAAAAGUACGGCCUAGUAGUAUAUUUUGUUAUCUCUUCAUGAUUAUUAGUAUGUAAUUGGUGUAUAUGCAGGAGAAAUCAUAUUAUCUUUA